CAGGUUGUAGUCACCUGCUAACGUUGCCGACCUUCGUUAACUUAACGCGAGUUCACCAGUAUGUCUCUAUUAAGAGGUGUGUUUAUCGUGUCGGCCACGCGGACGCCGUUUGGUACGUACGGCGGUGUCCUUAAAGACCACAGCGCCACCGAUCUGGCAGAACACGCCGCCAAAGCUGCGCUCGCCGCCGGGAAUGUGGCCCCAGAGCUGGUCAACACUGUUAUUAUGGGAAACGUCAUGCAGAGUUCUGCGGAUGCUCCCUACAUUGCGCGUCACGUAGGCCUGCGUUGUGGCGUUCCCAUCCCAGUGCCUGCACUGACUGUCAACCGCCUCUGUGGGUCAGGCUUUCAGGCUAUUAUCAGUGGAGCACAGGAGAUCUGUCUGAGAGAGGCUGAGGUGGCACUGUGUGGAGGCUCAGAGAGCAUGAGCCAGGCCCCCUACGCCGUGCGCAACAUUCGCUUCGGAACCAAGUUCGGCUUCGACCUCAAGCUGGAGGACACGCUGUGGGCGGGGCUAACGGACUUGCACGUGAAGAUUCCGAUGGGCAUCACGGCGGAAAACCUGGCAGAGAAAUACCAGAUCACCAGAGAGGACUGCGACCAGUACGCCCACCAGACCCAGCAGAGAUGGAAAGCAGCUCACGAGGGGGGGCACUUCACUGCCGAGAUCGCGCCCAUCGAUGUAAAGGCGAAAAAGGGCAAGGUGCCAAUGACGCACGACGAGCACCCGCGUCCCCAGACCACCCUGGAGCAGAUGGCGAAACUGCCACCUGUCUUCAAAAAAGGAGGCACAGUCACUGCUGCGAAUGCCUCUGGCGUGUCUGACGGUGCCGCCGCCGUGGUGAUAGCCAGUGAGGACGCCGUAAAGCAACACAACCUCACCCCAUUGGCCAGAAUUGUUGCCUAUCACGCCUCGGGCUGCGAUCCUAGCAUCAUGGGCAUCGGCCCUGUUCCUGCCAUCACAGAGGCGCUGAAAAAAGCAGGCCUCUCUCUGAAAGACAUGGAUCUCGUUGAGGUGAACGAGGCGUUUGCUCCGCAGUACCUGUCGGUGGCCAAGGCUCUCGGUCUGGACCCCGAGAAGAGUAACGUUAAUGGGGGAGCCAUCGCCAUCGGACACCCACUGGGAGCGUCUGGAACUCGCAUCACUGCACACCUUGUCCACGAACUCAGGCGACGAGGUGGGAAGUACGCAGUGGGGUCGGCCUGUAUCGGUGGAGGACAGGGCAUCGCUAUCAUCCUUGAAAACACACACUGACGAACACACUCACACGAACUUACAAUCUCACACACUCACACACAC